CCAGUGAUAACAUGUCGCUUACACAGAUCGUCGGCAAUCUGAACUUGUGGAUAUCGUUCCCUGCCGUUUUCCUCUACUAUUUGUUCUACAGUUCAUUUGAAAGGGACGAUCCGGAAGGCUACGUGACCGAUGCCGAGAAUAUUCUAACCGAAUAUGAUUUCAUCGUCAUUGGAGCCGGAUCGGCGGGAGCUGUUGUGGCCAACAGGCUGUCUGAGGUGUCUAACUGGAACGUGCUGUUACUGGAAGCUGGCGGAGAUGAAGGAUUGAUGACGGAUAUUCCAGGAGCUGUGCAACUCCUUCAGCGUACGAGCAUCGACUGGAAAUAUCGAACGGUGGAACAAACAGGGGCGUGUCUUGCAUUCAACGAUAACAAAUGUAAUUGGCCGCGCGGCAAAGUACUGGGAGGCUCGUCCGUCCUUAAUUACAUGUUGUACGUGAGAGGCAACAAGCGAGAUUACGAUUCGUGGGCCGCUGCCGGCAAUACCGGAUGGUCCUACGAAGAUGUUUUACCUUAUUUCAAAAAAUCCGAAGAUAAUCGCAAUCCUUACAUAGCCGCCAAUACAAAAUAUCACGGAACAGGCGGAUACUUAACGGUCCAGGAACCGGCGUGGACCACUCCGCUUGCCGCCGCUUUUGUCGAAGGUGGCGUUGAAAUGGGCUAUGAAAAUAAUGACGGCAAUGCUGCCAAGCAAACAGGCUUUAUGUUGAUCCAAGCAACCAACAGGAGAGGGCAUAGAUGUUCAACGGCCAAAGCCUUUUUGCGACCCAUUCGCCAUCGUCCGAACUUGCACAUUUCAAUGCGUUCUCACGUCCACAAGAUCAUUAUUGAUUCUGGAACUAAACAGGCGACUGCUGUCCGUUUCGAGAAGAAGGGGCAAAUAUACCAAGUCAAUGCAAAGAAGGAGAUUAUCGUGUCAGCGGGAUCGGUCAACAGUCCUCAAUUAUUGAUGUUGAGCGGAGUGGGUCCAGCCGAUCACCUCCAAUCGCUUGGUAUUCCGGUGAUUGCUGAUCUUCCAGUAGGUGAUAAUCUCCAAGAUCACAUCGCGUUAGGAGGCAUGGUGUUUACCGUGGAUAAGCCUUUCGGUUCAACAGAAGCACGUUAUUAUACUUUGCCUGCGUUCCUCAAAUAUAUGGUGAAUUCAUCAGGUCCAUUAGCAUCGCUGGGUGGGUGUGAGGGUUUGGCUUGGGUCAAUACAAAGUACGCCGAUCCUUCUGAAGACUUCCCGGAUAUCGAGUUCCACUUUGUUUCUGGAACGCCAGCGUCUGACAGCGGGCGAUCUAUUCGUUUCAACAACGGCGUCAGAGACGAGAUCUGGGAAAAGUAUUACAAGCCGAUUAUGGACAAGGACAUGUGGCAAGUGAUCCCCAUGUUACUUCGUCCGGAAUCGACUGGAACUAUUAGACUGGCUUCAACCGAUCCGCGCACGGCCCCGCUUAUCGAUCCGAAAUACUUCAGUAAAAUACAAGAUCUCAAGGUGCUCGUUGAAGGAACGAAAAUCGGCUUGGCCCUCAGUAAAACAGAAGCUUUCCAGAAACUUGGAAGUAAAUUUUACGACGCCAUCUUUCCCGGUUGCGAGGCGCACACUCCAUGGACGGAUGAUUACUGGGAAUGUUUCAUCCGCCAUUACUCUCAAACGAUUUACCAUCCAGCCGGCACCUGCAAAAUGGGCCCGUCUACGGAUCCAACAGCCGUCGUUGAUCCGACAUUGAAAGUUCACGGAAUUAAAGGAUUGAGGGUGGUCGAUUGUUCCAUCAUGCCCAACGUCGUGUCCGGCAACACUAACGCUCCAACGAUUAUGAUAGGAGAAAAAGCAUCGGAUAUGAUCAAAGCAGAUUGGCUCUUCAUCAAGUGAAAACAACAAGCAAUUUUUAUGCAUACGCUCAAGAACGUGAUGGAACCGUGAUCGAAUUCACAGUCAAGAGGAAACAAAGUACCAGAGUUCCAUGUUACGAAAAUUCCUCUAAAAAAAACUUUACAUUCUCGGUACGAUAUGACGUCACU